GCCUCAGCCUCGUGGGGGUACUUUCCCAGCAAGGCAUUUGAGUUUCAUUUUCUAAGCUUCACGGAGAUAGCUGAGGCCUCAGAUGACCUUGCAGCAGGUCCUGGAGAGAGCAGUAUAGGUUUACUGCUAGGAGCUGAUCCGCUCCGCGCGGGGGAUCCACCCCAGCGCUUGGGCCUGCCCUCCGCCGCGCUCGCCGCCGCCUCCGCGCUCCCGGGACCUGCAGGCCCCGCUGGGCGCGCGGCCCGCAGUCUCCGCACGUCGGCCUCCGCCCGCCCGCCCCGCCCCGCCCCGGCGCGCAUUUCCAUUUUAAACCGCCGCCCGCCCGCCCCUCGACCGACCGCGGCCGGCGCAGCUACUCGCGCGUCCCGGAGCCUCGGGAGUGGCGGAGGCUGCCGCACCGCCGAGCUGUGCAGAAAACAGCCCUGGGAUGUGCUUGGGCCCGGUGCACUAGACAAUGAAGCCGCGGGCGCUGCCUCCCGCCGCGGGCCCUGCGCACCCAGGCCGCACCUGCCGGCGAGGCGGGUUCCGUGCCUGAGCGCCCGCCCGGCCCCCCAUGGCUCGGCUCCCCGGGCGCGGACCCCGGCAGUCGAGCCGCGUGGCACGCGGACGGGCGGACUCCAGGGGCGCUGUUCCCGAAGCUUGAGCGCGGGCCUCGCUGCGCGCGGGGGGCGUGGGCGCCGCUCCCUGCCCGCUCGGGCUCUGCACCUGGCCAGUUCUGCGUCCAAGGCGCGCGUUCCGGCGGCCGGCGGCGCUGGAUGCCGCCGGGCCUCGGAGGGCGGCGCGGCGGCCGCGGCCCCUGGGGACAUGUACCUGCUGGACGGCAGCGGCGAACCCGCGUCUUCGCCCGCGGACACGAUGUCGCGCGGGACGCCCCCCAGGAAGACCGUCUACCGCAUCUCGGUGACCAUGGUCAGGAAGGAGCAGCUGGCCGCUCCGGCUCCGCGUCCUACUCGGCGGCCUCGGCCCGCGCGCUCCCCGGAGGCGCCCGGGCGGCUGGAGGAGGAGGCCGAGGAGGCGGCGGCUGAGGAUCCUGAGAUCGGGCCGCGCGCCUGGGACUUCCGCGCCUUUCGCACACGCAGCACCGGGCAGCUGGAGCUCGGGCGGCUGCGGCCGUGCGCACGCGGCGCGGAGCCCGCGGACCUGAUGGACAGCCCCACGGCUGAGGGGCCCAGCAGUCCAGAUGGGGAGGAGGCUCGGGCCGCGCCCCUGCGGCGGAGCCUCAGCUUUAGGCACUGGAGCGAGCCCGAGGCGCCGCGGAGCCCUGCGUUGAGCAGCGGGAGGCGCCACAGCAGCUCCGGAAGCCUGGCAUGGGCGCCGGACGACGAGGUCGAGGAGGACGUCGUCAGGGAGCCGGUGGCCGGAGCGCAGCCGGCGGCCGAGAAGCGCAACACCUUGGACGUGGGCGAGGUGCUCAGUAAGAACGAUGCGCUCUCAGACCUGGAGCGCUGGGAGCGCAGCAAGAGCAAGAACCGCACGCUGGACAACAGCGACCUGCAGCGGCUGGAGCGCGCGCGGGCCGCGGCUGCCGGCCCUGGGGCCGCCUCGGAGCACCGGCUGCUGCGUUUCUUCAGUGGCAUCUUCGCGCGCAGGGACGGCGGGCCCUCACCCCGCAGUGGCGCCCUGCGCUCGCGCGGUUACUUCAGCCUGCGGCGGACCCCGGCCGACACGCACUCGUCCAGCGCCGAGAGCAUCGAGGGGUCCCCGCGCAGAGAUGCUUUUGUGAACAGCCAGGAAUGGACACUCAGCCGAUCGGUACCGGAGCUCAAAGUGGGAAUUGUGGGUAACCUGGCCAGUGGCAAGUCUGCGCUGGUGCACCGGUACCUGACAGGCACCUACGUGCAGGAGGAGUCUCCAGAAGAUAUGGACGCAGGUGGCAGGUUCAAGAAGGAGAUUGUUGUUGAUGGACAGAGUUAUCUGCUGCUGAUUAGGGAUGAAGGGGGCCCCCCGGAGGCACAGUUUGCCAUGUGGGUGGACGCGGUCAUCUUCGUCUUCAGCUUGGAGGAUGAGAUCAGUUUCCAGACCGUCUACCAUUACUACAGCCGAAUGGCCAACUACAGGAACACCAGUGAGAUCCCAUUAGUGCUGGUGGGGACCCAGGAUGCCAUAAGCUCUACCAACCCGAGGGUUAUCGAUGACGUCAGGGCCCGGAAGCUCUCCAAUGACCUGAAGCGGUGCACGUACUAUGAGACAUGCGCCACCUAUGGGCUCAACGUGGAGCGGGUCUUCCAGGAUGUUGCUCAGAAGGUGGUUGCCACGAGGAAGAAGCAGCAGCUGUCCAUCGGCCCCUGCAAGUCCUUACCCAACUCUCCAAGCCACUCCUCUGUGUGUUCUGCCCAAGUGUCCGCGGUACACAUCAGCCAGACAAGUAAUGGAGGUGGGAGUUUAAGUGACUACUCGUCCUCUGUCCCUUCGACCCCGAGCACCAGCCAGAAGGAGCUUCGGAUCGACGUCCCUCCCACUGCCAACACUCCAACACCUGUGCGGAAGCAGUCCAAGCGCAGGUCCAACCUGUUCACAUCUAGGAAAGGGAGCGACCCAGACAAAGAGAAGAAAGGCCUGGAGAGCCGUGCGGACAGCAUUGGGAGCGGGCGAGCCAUCCCAAUUAAACAGGGCAUGCUGCUAAAACGAAGUGGCAAGUCACUGAACAAAGAAUGGAAAAAGAAGUACGUCACCCUGUGCGACAACGGCGUACUGACCUACCACCCCAGUUUACAUGAUUACAUGCAGAACGUCCACGGCAAAGAGAUAGACCUUUUGAGAACCACUGUGAAGGUGCCGGGGAAGAGGCCGCCCCGAGCCACGUCGGCCUGCGCACCGAUCUCCAGUCCCAAAACCAACGGCCUGGCCAAGGACAUGAGCAGUUUACACAUCUCACCAAAUUCAGGGAAUGUCACUAGUGCGUCUGGGUCUCAGAUGGCAAGCGGCAUCAGCCUGGUCUCCUUCAACAGCCGACCCGAUGGCAUGCACCAGCGCUCCUACUCAGUCUCCAGCGCCGACCAGUGGAGUGACGCUACAGUCAUUGCAAACUCAGCCAUCAGCAGUGCCUUUUCCGGUUCGGCCGCAGACACGGGGCUGGGUGACUCGGUGUGUUCCAGCCCAAGUAUCUCCAGCAGCACCAGCCCCAAGCUCGACCCACCCCCCUCCCCCCACGCCAACAGAAAGAAGCACCGGAGGAAGAAAAGUACCAGCAACUUCAAGGCUGACGGGCUCUCGGGCACUGCUGAAGCCAAACGCAAAGCGUGGAAACUAAACCGUGUUGGUAGCCUGCGAAACAUAUACAGCAGCAGCAGCACCAACACCGAAGAGCAAGAAGAAAACUUGGAGUUUAUCAUUGUGUCCCUCACUGGCCAGACAUGGCACUUUGAAGCCACCACAUACGAGGAGCGAGACGCAUGGGUCCAAGCCAUCGAGAGCCAGAUCCUCGCCAGCCUACAGUCCUGUGAGAGCAGCAAGAAUAAGUCCCGACUAACGAGCCAGAGCGAAGCCAUGGCCCUGCAGUCCAUCCGUAACAUGAGAGGGAACUCGCACUGCGUGGACUGUGAUACCCAAAACCCUAACUGGGCCAGUUUGAACUUGGGAGCCCUCAUGUGUAUCGAGUGCUCGGGGAUCCACCGGAAUCUCGGCACCCACCUCUCUCGGGUCAGAUCACUAGAUCUGGAUGACUGGCCUAUGGAGCUGAUCAAGGUGAUGUCCUCCAUCGGGAAUGAGCUGGCCAACAGCGUGUGGGAAGAGGGCAGCCAGGGACGGACAAAGCCCUCAUUGGACUCCACCAGGGAAGAGAAGGAACGGUGGAUCCGGGCCAAGUAUGAGCAGAAACUCUUCCUGGCCCCACUGCCAUGCACGGAGUUCUCCCUGGGCCAGCAACUGCUACGUGCCACUGCCGAGGAAGAUCUGCGGACUGUCAUCCUACUUCUGGCACAUGGGUCCCGGGAUGAAGUGAAUGAGACCUGUGGGGAAGGAGACGGUCGCACGGCACUGCACCUGGCCUGCCGCAAGGGCAAUGUGGUCCUGGCUCAGCUGCUGAUCUGGUACGGGGUGGACGUCAUGGCCCGAGACGCCCACGGGAACACAGCACUGGCCUACGCCCGGCAGGCCUCCAGCCAGGAGUGUAUCGACGUGCUUCUACAGUACGGCUGCCCCGACGAGCGCUUUGUGCUCAUGGCUACCCCCAACCUGUCCAGGAAGAACAACAGCAGGAACAACAGUAGCGGGAGGGCGCCCAGUGUCAUCUGAGCUCAGCCAACACUGCACCCGGGAUCCCACGCCCGCCUGCUCCGGAAGUCACAACACCACGUGAGUCCCUCAGUUCCCUCCCUCUUCCUGGUGGACGCCUUCCACCCACCUGCCACUCACUCACCCCACACGAAAUCUCCAAGCCUGGACAUCCUCAAGGGGAGAAGAGGAGGCUGUAGGCCGUGGAACGGAACUCUUUUCCCACCCUCCGGAAGCAACGUAGGAGGGACCGACCACCUCCCGGCUUUGAGGAUAGCACACGACGACGGGGACCCCUGUUCCAGUGGCCUGGAGACGGAGCAGGGGGAAGGGUAGCAAGGAGAAGGGGCAGCGUCCCCUCACUGGCAGUUAAGCACAUCAGUACAUUUCACCUCGACCAAAAGGAGGCUUGGAUUUCACGUCUUCUCGGGGGAGCUUGACGGCAUAAAUCAGAAGCAAGCACAGUUUGUCAGGUCUGAAGCCCCUAUGAUGGUAGGUGUCAAAUCAGUUGUAGCUAAUCUGUCCAGGGAGAAUACCGGCUUCAUUACACUUGUAUAGUCGAGUUCCUCCAGCAUUACCGCUGUUUAAUAGAACGUGAUUAGUCAUCACCGGGAAGAAGGCAUAUUAGCGGAGGAGGUAGUUACACGGCACGCUCCGGUGAUUGCCACGAUAUGAUUGCAGUGCGCCUAGCAGCAUCAUAUUAUCCUAGACAUGUCUCUCCAGCCCUUGGAGCCCUCCUUUCUAAAUUCACUGUCAUAAUUUAGUAUCUGUUUAAUUUUUCAGUCCAAAGAGAGGAAAUCAGUUGCCGGGUAUUACUUGACUUCAGUCCCCUUUCUUGGUGCAAAAACAAAAUGGGAAAAAUAAAUAAGUAAGUAAAUAAAGAGUAACUUGAAAAUUCUAAAAGAAAUCAUGAAUUCAGCUGAAAAGAGCUUUCAAAUAUGUUCCAAAACUAAGUAAAUACAUAAAAGGCUAUUUUUUUUUCUUCUAAGAGAUUUUUCCUAUACUUUAGCCACAACGGAUGUGUCAGGCCUCAGCCACUCCCAGUCCACAAAGUCUGAAUUACCCAGGUUUCUGUCGUAGAUAAGAUGUGUGAAAAUCUAUUUGAAUAAAAGAAGUUCAUAAAUAUGCAUUGAUUUUUGCACAGACAAAUGGCACCCAUGUUAAUUUAUAAAUUGAGCUGGGUGGGAACUAAUAACGUGCAACUGGUUGAGAUCAGAGGGUUACAGAUCAUUGUCCAUGGGAAGUGCUCCCAGCAGCGAACACUUCCAUUAAUGUGAUAAACAGCUUUUUAAAAGGUGCGUAUCAGAAUAAGACGGUGGCACAAUUUGCUUAUUAAAGUCAGGAAAGGAAGAGGGAGGGGAAGGAGGGUGUGAGCCCUCAUACCAGAGGCUGGUUUUAGAGCCGAGACCAUCUUCCCAACCAAACCGAGGGGCUGUAGCAAGAAGGGGUGAUUUCUCGAAAUGCCAGACCCACAAAGGUGCCCCGUGAGCAGCUGCUAGCCGCUCUGCCCCGCCGGCUCCUGAGAGUCUGCAGGCCACUUACUGCCCGGCUUGGCUGGCUCUAACAUCCAAUUUGCCAUCAUGGAGCACAGGGCUCAUCAGAUACCAGGCACCUUCAGCAUGGUGGUCAGACAGGAACACCAAACCAUGGCACUAUUUAGUUCUUAAAAAAAUAAAUUGGAGCAGCCUUGCCAGAGAGCCCCCUGGGACAGUGUGGCAGGAAGAAGGCCAUCACACUGGAAGACAGGACGCUGGGCAGAGCCACCACCGGCAUCCUGUGGAGAAGCUCCUCAAGCUUAUAUAUUUGAACUUUAUAUUUUGUAAGAGUUUUUCCUCCUCUUUAACUUUUUUUAAAAAAAAAAAUUAAAGUAGAUGGGAACACAAGUAAAGCUUUACACAGCAUUUAUAUGUGGGUGAGUGUCUUGUGGAGAUCUUCAGUCUCAACACAGCCUGAACUGACCAGUAUCCAGAAAUGUCACAGAUGCGCAAGCCACGGGUCUGAGACCCCUGAGCUAAGUUCCAUAAGCCCUGCGUUUGGUUUCUCUUCCUGCUCUCCAUCACUGUGUUGUUACUUUAAAUGUGAAUAGAGAAAACAAGCUGUCAUUGCCUAUUUUUGAAGAAUGCGUUAGCAUCCGACCCCGCGAUCCGCAUACUCCACGUAGCCUUUACCAUAGACUUCUAUAGAGAACACAGAUAGAGUAUAAAUGAGAUUCUUAAAUUAUUUCACUGUAGCUAAUACCCACUGGGAAUGCUUCUGUCGCAGGGGAGCCUACUUCAGAAAGGAAACGGAGUCCUUUGUGAGGCCUCUCUUCGGGGUGUAUAUGAGUGUGUACAUAUUAUUGUGUGUUUAUAAUAUGAUAUUUUCCCGAAUGAUUCCUUGUUUCACAUCAUCCUCCGCUGCUUGAAUGCGCAGUUGCUCGCUCUGGUUCCCUCCCUCUCCCUUCCUCUCGAGGUCGCUCUGACACCAUCAGUUCCUCCUCAGAACACAUGGCCCCUCCCCUGCCAGUUUUUACCGUGCUCAACUGUCCAAGGAUAGCCCACUUUUCAUAAGCCUGAGUCUUGGUAGCAGAUCCAAGGGUGGUAGCGGGACCUCCAGGGUGCUCUGUGCAGGUAGAGGAGAGACUUGGCUCACCCGUGCUUGUAUUUCACACCAGGUCCUUCCCUCAACACGAACCUUCCAGUCUCCAUUUUCAUGCUGACCCCAAGGCUGGGAGAAAUGAACAGGGUUAUGGAUGGCAGUGCCAGCACCAGACACUUCCCCUAAUGCAGUGCACUUUUUUUAAAGAUCACGUCAGAAUACAGUAGUAGUCUCAAGGUGGACUUACUAUAAAAUAAAGAAAGGAAGUGGGAAAAGGCAGAGAAACAGAUUAAGGGGAAAACGUGUGAGUUCUCAUUCCAGACACACUGUUAGAGCUGAGACCACACUCUGGCCAGGCGCAAGGGACUCUAGGCAGCAAGCCUCCGUGUUCAGGGUAAAUCUCCUCUCUUUGAGAAGUUCCCAGCUGGGACCAGCAAAGGAGCCUGUAAGUUGGCAGUCACUUGUCCUGGGGAGGCAGUGAUAGAAGCAGGCACAUGCCAGGCACAUGCCAGGCUCACCUGGGGCUACUUCUGCUGAGCUUCUGAUACUCAGGCCAUGAAUAGUGUCAGGCAGGGAGGGGAGCCUCCUUAUUCUGAGAAAGCCCCUCUAAUGUUUUGUCUGGUUUUACAAAGAGCUAAGCCCUACUCUCCUACAAUCCCCCAGUGUCACUCAAGCCUAAAAUGAGCCUCCUGUCCUGCAACCUCGAACCUCUACUGUUGGCUCACCAUGCUUCCUUCUCCCUGCAGUUCUUACAGUGAGGCUGCUGGGGUGCAUGCACACACACUCGAUGAGCACACAUACACUCUCAGUGCCCUGUUCCCAUUAACUUUGAGCAUCAUAGCACCUCAGACCUUGAGCUUCACUGCCUCUGUCCCCUGAGAAGCUUACCUGGAGACUGAGAGCCCAGUGCACUCUGUAACACCCUCCUUCUCUGUCAAGACCCACAAGGAGUUUGUGUCUAAACUUGGUGAGCCAGAGACUUGCUGGCCCUGCGCCCGAUUUGCGCUCUUGAUUGCCAAGAAUUCUGCCUGCCCCUCCUCCCUGCAUUGACACUAUUUCAUGCCUGACAUGGUCAAUCUCUGUCCCUCCUGGAGAUGCCCCACAACAGCAUAGCUGGGAGGUGUGUCCUCAGGGCCUCCAAGUUCCUGAGAGGCUGACCUCUCUGAGAAGCAAGCCCUGUCUCGCCUUUUGGUGGGCUCUUCUCAGCUUAGAUGUCUCCAUCCUUCACACCCUACAAGGUCCCCAAGGCUUUGCUAGAAGUCCCUCCAGGAUCAUAUUUAUGACUUUGAAGCAAAGAAAUUAAAAAACGGGAAGGAAUUGGAAAAAAUGUGACACGGAUGAACAUCUCUCCUUUAAAAAAAAAGAAAAGCAGAAUUUAUCCCCCACUGCUUCUGUUGUGAAGGGCACAGCUGGAGGUGAUUUCUGCCUUGUCACUCACCAGAAAGCCACCAGGGCCAUUGGUGUCCAAUGUGCCACCUUCUCUUCCACUGUCUCUUGAAUUCUAAAUGGCCCAACUCCUGCCAGGCCCUGGCUAGCAGCACACCAAGAUUUGUGCCUGGUACAUAGCAGGACCAAGUCAUAUUGGGUCUAAGAGAACCCCAUGACCCAGAUAUUUGUAUCCGGCCUGUUUUGGGGCCCUUCUCUUUAAAGCAGCUGAGGUAGGGUGGGUUUUUAGCCAAAAUGUCACAUUCCUUCUUGAGAGGUGAAAAAGGGAAGGGGAGAGACCCAGCUACUCCGCUGAUGCCACUCAGCAGUAGACCAUAGACCUCAGGCUUUUCGUCCCAUCCCUGGGAGCGAAAAACAGGGACAGCUGAUUAGAGAUUCCAGUGCCUGGAGUCAGGGCUCAUCUCUCACUUCAUGGGGAAAGACACCAUCUGGGGCCUCAGUGUUUCAAGGCACAGAGUCUCCUCCUACUCAAAAGCCCUGGCCUGACAGGGUUCCUUCAAAUGCUGAGGCCCUGUUUCUGUGCCUGCUGUUCUUUCAACCUUGGUUUGGACCCUGGGUCAGAGUUGAAGAGAGAGAGGUUUCAUCAUGGAUAAUUCUAGACAGCCAACAAGGUUCUGUGUCCUUACGUUGUAGCAGAUCCACAUCAGGCCUGCUUAAGUGCCAUAAGCCUGGUGGCUCCCUGCCCAGGGCGGUGCAUACUGAGGGUCCAUGGAGAAGCUGGCCUCCCGACCCUUAUCUCAAGAGGCCAAUUUCCUAUAGAAGAACAGUAUUUAGUUUGGGGUUGCUUCUGACUGAUCAGAAUAUUCUUAACUGAGGCUAUCCUCUUCCAUAGUGAGCCUCAGAUGGGUGUGGAGACCCAGCAGUGGCAGCCACUCUAUGGUGCAAAGCAGGUAGCCUCAGGGAGUGAGAGAGAGAGAGAGAGAGGUCAGCUCAGGGCUUGUCUUUAUUUUGCUGGGCACGAGGCAUCUGCUGGGGAACCCCCCCCCAGGGGUUGUGAAUCAAGCCAUAUGAUGGACUCUCCCGCCAGAGGGAGGACUGACCUGGAAUUCUGUGUGCAGGGAAUGACAUGGCCUUUGUCAUGUUGCAGGUGAAAUGAAGGAACCAAGAAGUGUGAGUGAGUGGGGGGGAUGGGAUUAGGCCCUGAGUAGAGCCCCUUAACACAAUGUUGCUGGGAACAACCGCUGUAGGAUCACAUUGUGCCCCAAUGUCUGGGUUCAGGACUACGUCCACACUAGCCCACGUCAGUGUGGAUAUUAGAGAUGGCUCUCAGAUGCUUGCAGAAAGAAAAGAUUAGCCUCCUGGGUGGCUCAUGUGGACUCACCGAGGGCAUGCACCAAAACAGAAUUUUUAAAACAGCCCUCUGUCCACAGCGGAUGCGCUCAGAAGAUUCUCGACCCACCUGGCUCAUCAGGAUGGGCAGGAAAGGGACCAAGCGUGCUUUGAGUUGGGGCCAGCCUACAUGUGGCUUCUAGUUCUUGUUUUUCACGCACCUUGCUCACCUACCAACCAAGUCGUGCAGUUUCCUUACCAGGGUGGCACUGAGGGGACCCAGGGCAGUCGAGUGGAGACCUGGCUGUUGUGUGACAGACAGGCAAAAGAUACCUUCAAAACAUCCUUGUGAUCAGAGGGGAAAGGCGCCUGCAUGUUUCUGCUGAAAAUGGUCCCUUUCCUUCCCUACAUUGUGGGGUUUGGGGGAAGGGGUAGUUUUCUUCUAAAAUGUACCAACUUCUUCUAAGAUGAGAACUGGUCCUCCCCUAAGCCCUGAGAACUGAAGAGGUGUUGAACCCCAGGAAGGCACAGAAAGUGGCUGACCCUUUACAACAGCCUGGGGAUGGACCUGCAGAAGGCAGGGCCCGGGCAUCUUCUUUGCCCUCUUCCCUUCCUUCCCCUAGUUCCACCUUGAGUUGUCUUCUUGCCACAGGAACUUCUUUGCAAAGAGAAACCCCAGACAAGGCAGGGCACCGCUGGCACAUCUCUGGGUAGGGGCGAGAAAGGCCACCUCACCUGCCUGGCCAUACCUAGAAGGCGGAAGCGCAGUGAGGGCUUCUCCGGGGGUGGGUGGCCGAUCAGGGGCAUUUUGAUAUUACCUCAUUCCAUAACUUUACAUUUCCCAGUGACUGAUGCUUUAUUUAUGCUGUUUGUCCUGUAAUUAAACCAUCCACAGACAUUUCGCUUUGCUUGUUCGUUUCAUGCGACCUUGUUCGGUUUUAAAUAUGCUGGUUUGUAUUUUCCUGCCUUGGGAUUUUGUGUCAGCUGUACAGUAUUCUAAGGGGAAAAAGAAAAGGAAAAGCGUGUAAAGUAAUGGAGAGAGGUGGCUAUAGUGUAGAGACCUCUUUCUAAUAAAGAAAAGAAAAUAUGUA